UUGAAUUAUUUUCCGCUCUUUAAGAACAUAAAUAAUUAGAUUAUUAUUAAGAUAAACUAUUAAAUAUGAUUAGGUAGAAAAAGCAUUGUUGAACACUCACUCUCACUGAAAUGGGGAAAAUACCAGAGGAAGGUUUAUAGAAGGGGGAUUAAUUGAAUACAGUACCAACAAAUCAAUUACACAAUCUAGUGAAUACUGAUUUCCAACAAUAAGAAAUCAUUCCAUAGUUUUCCUUUGAUCUGAUCAUGGCUCAUUCAGCUAUUUCUCAGGUCCCAGUUGUUGUUCCUCUCCAAACAGAUUCCUCUUUUCCAAGAUCCACCAUGAAGACUACAAAUGUAACAUUUACUGAUAAAUCAUGGAUCUCUAUGCUUCGUGUUAAUCUAAAAACCUCAAGAUCCAGAAGCCAACACAUUGUUUGUAUGUCAGUGCAACCAGCAAGCAAAGAUCAAGUUUUAGUAUCGCCUUUAUCACUUGAAGAUGCAAAUGGACCGCCAUUGAAUAUUUACAAGCCCAAGGAACCAUACAUGGCAAAGAUUGUCUCUGUUGAGAGGCUUGUAGGCCCAAAAGCUCCUGGGGAGACUUGUCACAUUGUCAUUGAUCAUGGUGGCAAUGUUCCUUACUGGGAAGGACAAAGUUAUGGUAUCAUUCCUCCUGGGGAGAAUCCAAAGAAACCAGGAAGUCCCCACAAUGUUCGUCUAUACUCAAUUGCAUCCACUAGAUAUGGGGACUCCUUUGACGGGAAGACUGCCAGCUUAUGUGUCAGACGUGCUGUCUACUAUGAUCCUGAAACAGGAAAAGCAGACCCUUCAAAAAAUGGUGUUUGCAGCAAUUUCCUAUGUGAUUCAAAGCCUGGUGACAAGGUACAGAUUACAGGUCCUUCCGGUAAGAUAAUGCUGCUGCCCGAAGAUAAUCCUAAUGCCACCCACAUCAUGAUUGCAACUGGAACUGGUGUGGCUCCCUUUAGAGGCUACCUUCGUCGUAUGUUCAUGGAAUCAGUUCCCACAUUCAAGUUCAAUGGCCUCGCUUGGCUCUUCCUUGGGGUGGCAAACAGUGAUAGCCUUCUUUAUGAUGAAGAGUUCACCAACUAUCUUCACGAAUACCCAGAUAAUUUCAGGUAUGAUCGUGCCCUUAGCCGAGAACAUAAGAACAAGAAAGGGGGCAAGAUGUAUGUUCAGGAUAAAAUCGAAGAAUAUAGCGACGAGAUCUUCAAACUUCUGGAUGAAGGGGCGCACAUCUAUUUCUGUGGGUUGAAGGGAAUGAUGCCCGGAAUUCAGGAUACCUUGAAGAGGGUCGCGGAAGAAAGAGGCGAGAGAUGGGAACAGAAGCUCUCAAAACUCAAAAAGAACAAACAAUGGCAUGUUGAAGUCUAUUGAUUAGGAAUUGUGCAUUAUUUGUCAUUAUUGCCGGAGAAACUUUACGUGCACUUUAAAUGCUGUUGUACUGCCAGUCUUCAACAUAAAAGUUCACUACUCAAUGGUAGUCAGAGAAUAAAUGUGGGUAAUUAGAACUUGCACUCUAUAUUUAUUUUUCAAAUGUCUAUAAUGGCAAUUCUGAGAUGAUAACUGUUGUCCAUAUUACACUUUUAAGGUUGGUGAGCAUGCUCAUUGUUCAUGUUCAUUUCAGCAAAUAUAUGCUAAUGUUGAUUUAUCAUGGCUGAAUAGAGAAGUGACAGAAUUAUGCAA